GCACUGUCGCUCUGCGCCUGGCUGGCCAUCCCAGCCCCCCAGCUCGGUGCCCUCCUCUCCUACACCACCGAGGACGGUGGCAGUGAGCUUGCCGUUCAUGGCUGUGGUGUGGACCUCCCUGGCUCUGCGCACUUCGUCAUCGGAGACGGGCAGUUUCGGGAGCUCUCGGUGACGUGGCUCUUGGAUGGCAAGUGGCACCACCUCUGCCUCACCUGGUCCUCCGGCCAGGGCCAGUACCGCUUCUACGUGGACAGGUGGCUGCUGGCCGCCGGCUCCGUCUUCCAGCAGGGCUAUGAAAUUCCCACGGGUGGCUCACUGGUGCUGGGCCGGGAGCAGGACCACCCCGGCAGGGACUUUAACACCGCAGAAGCUUUUGUGGGUCACCUGGCUGGCUUCGCUCUCUGGAGCCGGGCUCUCCUGCCUGAGGAGGUGGCCAGCAUGGCAACCGGCCGGGGGCUGCCCCGCAGCCCCCUCCUCAAGCUGGCUGAUGCCUCCCUGCAGGGCCCGCGCCCCGGCCUCCGCCCCUGCCUGUGA